AUGCAGGCGGCCUAUGCUGAGCUCAUCGGGCCCACCAAGGAGCGCUUGAAGAGCAUCUUCAGCAUUUUCGGCUUCACGCAGCAGACCUCAAGGCCAUCGAAAGCCGCCGAUGGGAGAGUGAGCGAGGGCAAGGCCAAGAAGCGGAAUGCGGUGGCGAACAUGCUGAGGGCGGGCUUUGGGAUCGAGCUACAGAUGGCCGCCGAAAAGAGCGGGGGCAAAUUCAAAACGCCCCACCUGUUGACGCCGACUAUCUAUCACGAUCUCCAUCAGCGAUACGGUCCGCUUAGCCCGAAAGUGGCCGCUCCCGAACCGGAGUGCAUCAUCAGGCCGCGAAGCUAG